AUGGAUAGAAAAUUUGCAAAACUGAAAGACUCAGUCAUAAGUGAAAAGGCACUGGCUGUUCGCCGGUUUAAAAUGACGCGAAUGUAUUACUUUUUGCUACAUCUGGUCAUAUCGGACAUCAUGACCGGCUGUUUCACGGUUAUGCCGCAACUGGCCUGGGAUAUCACCCACCGGUUCAAUGGGGGUAAUAUAUUGUGUAAAGGUGUGAAAUUCUUGCAACUCUUUGGUCCCUACUUGUCAUCCUAUGUGUUGGUCGUAACCGCUAUCGACAGAUAUCAAGCCAUUUGUUAUCCUCUGUCUAACUGUAACUGGACUUCAAAGAAGUCCAAACUAAUGAUAGCCAUCGCGUGGAUCAUAUCGAUCCUGUGCUCAGCCCCUCAGGCCUUUAUAUUCUCGUAUCAGGAGAUACCCGGCUUUCCCGGUGUGUAUGACUGUUGGGCCACAUUCACUGCCCUCCCACCCCCGUGGGGUGAGCGUAUCUAUGUGACCUGGUACACGGUCACCGUAUUUUUCAUACCCCUAAUUAUCAUUACCUACACAUAUGUCUACAUUUGUUAUGAGGUGUGGAAUAAUGUUCGCCUAAAGAGGCAGACAUUGAAACCAGAGAUCAGUUUCAUAGAAAUGCGAAAGAAUUGGCUGAAGAACGAGAGUGAGGACCAAAAUCACACCAAAAAUGACAGUUUGGACGGCAAUAGUGUGGAGAACAACAGCGAUGACAGCAAAUACGUGACACCAAAUCAAAUCAACCCCAGAAGUCACUCAAUUUAUCGCAUUUCCAAAGCCAAGAUCAAAACGGUUAAAGUGACAGUUGUUGUGGUCAUUUGCUAUAUUGUGUGCUCCAGUCCCUUCAUUUGUGUCCAGGUGUGGGCUAAUUGGUGGCCCGGCGCUCAACAGACCUCAUUUUGGACAGCCAAAAAUAAAAACUAUAUAUAA